GCUCCCAUUCAAGGACAAACAGACCUACAAUUCCUGGUGUUUGGAGAAAGUGGGAUUUGCUGUCCUGGAUCCGAAAAGCAAGUCCAGAAGCGAGGACCCUGAUCUUUGUCAGCGAUGAGGGAGAUGGCAGCCUCACAUUCUGGGGAUAAAAAGAGGGUCCUUCCCUCCUGGAUGACAGCCCAGGGGCCCGAGGAGAGAAUGUCGCCGGCGAAGACCCCGAAGAGGAGGAGGAAGGCAGCGGUGCCGGCGGCUGCAGCCAGACUCCCCGCAGUGAAGACUGUGUACUGCAUGAGUGAAGCCGAACUUGUCGAUGUUGCUCUCGGGGUCCUGAUUGAGAACCGAAAACAGGAAAAGGCCUUGGAGCAGAGGCCCCUGGCAGGCCCUGAUGCGCCAGAGCUGUCCCCCACCUGCUCGGAGGGGCCGACUUCUCCUGAGAAAAGUGAGGGUGAGGGUGAGAGUGAGGGUGAGGGUGAGGACAGUGGGGAAGCAGCCCUCCCCCCAGGCCUGGGGCCACCUCAGGCAUCUGCAGGCUUGGAGCCUGCCUGCAGCCCAAGCCCUGAGGAAGACGAGGAUGCGUUCAAGUACGUCAGAGAGAUAUUCUUCAGCUAA